UGCAGCGCCAUUUUCCGCGCUGCCGCUCGGCCCCAGCGCGUUCACACAGCGCGUCCACACACGCACUGUCCACUCUGUCCACUCUGUCCAAUCUGUCCCCGCGCUGUCCCCGCUCAAGCGCCUCUCUCUCCCCGGAGCCCUGCGCCCCUAACCCCGCGGAGCUCAUGUACCGCGGCCGAGGACAGAGGGGCUUCCCGGGGCCCAGAGACCCGCACGGGCCCCGGCCUCCGUACGCGCCCGGGUAUCCUCCCGCAGAGCCCCGCGGACACCACAGCGACUCCCGCGGACACCACAGCGACCCCCGCGGACACUACAGCGACUCCCGCGGGCCCUGGAGCUCCACGGCCCCCAGAGAGCGUUCUCCAUCAGGUCCUCUCGAUCACAACCUCGUCAUCACCGUGGGCAACGAACGAGCCAAUCACAGCGCACCGUCAGACAGGGACUACGACCGAACCAAGAGCCGAGGACGCAGCAAAUCCAGAGGCCGGAGUCGCUCCAGAACCCCGGACCGGACCAGGGGGCGGAGCAAGUCUAGGGGGCGGAGCAAGAGCAGAGUCCAGUCCAGAUCUCGGUCCAGGUCCAGGUCUAGGUCCAGGUCCAGAUCCAGGUCUCGUGGGCGGAGCCGAGGCCGCAGCAGAGGGCGGAGCUACAGUAAAGGGGGCGGAGCUCGCAGUAAGAGUCGGCGCCGCAGUCGCUCGAGCUCCGGAGACUUCAGCGAACCAGAGUCUGCCCCGAAACGAAACGAGAACGUGAUGCCACAACCGACAAAAUCCAUCCUGAAGAGACGCCCCGAAGAGGACUCCCCGUCUGUGCGGAGUCUGGACUCUCCUCGCCUUGGCGCCGGUCCCUCAGACUCGGUGACGCGGAUGGCGGAUCAGCUGGUCGCCGCGGUGAGGGGGCUGCAGCCGGCGGCGGUGGCGGCCAUGUUGGCUCAGCUGAAGGCGGACCCUCAGAUGGGGGAGGCGGAAUUUCGUCAGAUUGUGGCGCUGUUGGAGUCUCGCACAGCGGCGUCUCGCCCGGAUGACGCCAAAGCAGGCGUCAAACGUCCCGAAGACAUCGAUGACGAGGAGCUCUUCCUGUAUGGAGACUCCGAGGCUCCGCCCACAGGCCAGCCCCCGGAGCAGCCAAUCAGGAGCCAGGAUCUAUAUGGAGACGUGACCGAAGACGACCUGUACGGCGACCUGCAGCCGCCCGCCGCCGCCGCCGCCCAUGACACCAGGUUCUCCCAGAUGCCCCCGGGCACCGAGCCCCUGGAGCCCGGCGAGCGCCAGGCUCUGGAGGAGUACGAGAAGGUGCAGAACCUUCUGCAGACCAUCGGCCUGGACCUCAACGUGUCUGACAUCUCCAAGAUGGCCGCCAGGACCAAGGAGCGUCUCCAGGGCAACCGGCCGACCAAGUCCCCUCCGUGCCGCCGCCGCUACUCCUCCUCCGGCAGCUCCAGGUCCGGGAGCAGCAGCCGCAGCCGCAGCUACAGCCCCAAACGCAGCCGAGACCGAUCCAGAGACCGAUCCAGGGACCAGUCCAGGGACCAAUCCAGGGACCAGUCCAGAGACCGGACGAGAGACCAGUCUCUGCCCGCUCCUGACGCUGCCCCCCCUGUGGUGCCUCCUCCACACCCCCCCAUGAACCUGGCCUACCCCCCCACCCAGGUGCACGGGAUGAUGCCCCCGUACCCCCCGCCCGGGUACCCUCCACAGUACGGGAACUACAUGGGCUACCCCCCUCCCCCACAGUGGCCCCCCAUGUACCCCCCGCCCACCAUGGCCUACAGCGCCUACCCAGACGGAGAGAAAGAUCGAGCAUUUAACGAGGAACAAAACAACGAGAGUCAGAAGCAGAAGGUGCUGGAGGAGCGAGAGAAGCUCAAACAGGACAGAGACAUCAGGAUGAAGAAGAAAGAGUACCUCAUGAAGGAACUGGAGCGCCUCCGAAAACAGCAAGGGGAGCUGCUGAGGAAGAAGCGCCGGGAGAAGGACGGACACAAAGACCCUCUGCUCCAGGAAAUCAGCCGCCUGCAGGAGGAAGUGAUGUCACAGAUCUCUGCGCUGCGGCGGGAACACGAGGCCGCCGAGAAGAAGCGCACGGAGAUCGAGAAGGUGGCGGCCAUUUUGGGUCUGGCUCCCGGAGAUCGGAGCCGAAAAUCCUCCGAGCGAGAACCGCCGAUGAAAAAGAAACGAGAGCGGAGCCCGGAGCGGCGCCGGAGCAGCGUCAAGUCGCCCGAGAAAUCAUCCACGCCUUCUCGGAAGGCCACGCCUCCUCGGAAAACCUCCACGCCCCCUCGGAAGACUACUCCUCCCAGAAAGGCGGCCACGCCUCCCAGGAAAGAGGCCACGCCCCCUCGGCCUGUGGCCCCGUCCCCUAAGGCGGCGUCCCCACCCCCCGCGCCGGAAGAGCCGUUUGAAUAUUACGACGCAGGAAACCACUGGUGCAAAAGCUGCAACGUCACGUCAGGAUCCAUGUUCGACUUUUACACUCACCUGCACAGCAAGACGCACCGCAAGACUCUGGACCCGUACGAUCGGCCCUGGGCCCCGGCUCCCACCAAAAUCUCCAAGAGCGACACGGCGGCGGAGAAGCUGACCAAACCUGCCAAAGGGUCAGAGUUCAUGCUGCCCGUGCGAGGAUUCUACUGUCUCCUGUGCAAAGAGUUUUACGGAGACGCCAUCUGCGCAGAAGAACAUGUGACCAAGCACGCGCAUAACGAGAAGUACAAGAAACUGAUGCAGGAGAACCCCAUGUACGAGCAGCGCCGGAACCUGGACCGCCAGGCCAGCAUGAAGCGCAAACCCGAAGAACCCAAGAUCCUCAAGAUGGAGCCCGAACCCAAACCGGAGCCCAAACUCAAGAAGAAGAAACACCUGGAGCCGGAGGAGUUCAGCCCGCCGCGCCCGCCGGAGCCCCGCCCCCUCGAGCAGCCCCGCCCCCUCGAGACACGCCCACAGGAAGUGCCCAAACUGGAGGUGAAGGUGGACAUGCGGCCGCUCCCCGAGGAGCCGCCCAAACUGCCCAAACUGGAGAUCAAAGUGGAGAACAAACCGAAGCCUCUGGAGCGUCCGGUGUUUAAAAAAGAUGAAGAAGAGAAGCCCAAAAAGAAAGACGACAAACACCGCUACAGCCGCGAGGAAGAGGACCGCAAGGAACGCUACCGCCGCUACGAGGAGUACAGGCACAAGACGCACCGUUACGACGACCGAUACGACGAUCGCUACGACGAUCGCUACGACGACCGCUACGGCGACGACCGCUACGAAAAGUCCAAAUACCACCGGGACGAGGAGCGUUCCAAAGGGAAGUACGACUCCAAGUCCAAGUACGAGUCCAAGAAACCAGAACCGAAGAAAGAGCCCGAGGCUCCGUCCCGUCCCUACGACCCGCCAAAGGUAAUGUGCGGCCCCAGCCCCGCCAUGAGGGCCAAACUCAAGAAGCAGAGCCAAGAGGCCGCCAAAUCAGGCUCCUCCCCCUCGGCUGCUGCCGCCGCUGCUGCCACAUUCAACAAGUUCACGUGGAAGAAGAAGGAGAGCGUCGUGAUGAAGGAGAGCGUCCUGAUGAAGGAGGCCCAGAAGGUGGCGGCGGCGUUCAUCAAAGACGACGAAGCCGCGGCGCAGAAGAGCGGCUCUGACGAGGACGCCUUUCAGAAGUCGAUGGCAGCGGCGAAAGAGAUCGCAGAGAAACUGUCCCAGAGCGCGCCUCCGUCAUGGGGCAAGAUCCGGCCCGGCCUCGCUAACCGCCGCGGCGCUUUGGCCGGGAAAACGGGACAGAACUCAGUGAGGCCGACCACCCCGACCCAGGACCCCACGCCAGCCGCGGCGGCGCCUCAAACCACGCCACCUCAGGCCACGCCCCAAACCCUCCUCCCCUCGGAUGCGCCGCAAGUCCCCGUGAUCCCGAACCCCACCUUCCCUCUGCCCUCCUUCCCCCCGCCCGCCUUCCCUCCUCCCUCGUACCCGCCCUACCCGCCGCCCUCCGGCAUCAUGCCGCCCAUUAACCCCAGCGUCCCCCCUCCGCCGCUGGUGCUGCCGCCCGCGGUCCCUCAGGCCUUCGCGCCGCCGCCGGUCCCGGAGCCGGAGCCUCCGAAGCGCGUCUACGUGAAGCCCGCCCCCUUCAUGAGCAGCGCCGGACCCAAGACGGAGAAGUUCAGCACCAGCAUGGCGGCCGCCAAAGCCCAGGACCUGUUCGGGAUCCUGUUCAGCCCCGGCAGCAUCGGCCCCGCGGCCAAGACCACCAAACCCGCCGCUACAGCCGCCGCCAAGAAGGAAACCAAACCAGAGGCUAAACCCAACAAGCAGCAGAGCGCCGCCACCGCGCCCGCCACCACCGCGCCCGCCACCACUGCCUCUGCCGCCGCCGCACCCACCGCUGCCGCCGCUGCCACCGCCGCACCCAAGACCAGUGCCGCUUCAGUCCCUCCAGCAGGGGGCGCUGCAGACGAUCCAGGGCUGCAGAUCACCUCCGUGUGGUCCAUGAACGCCGCCAAGACCAAAACAGAACCAGACGAAUCCGCCUCAGAAACGGUGGCUCAGGUGGUUCCAGAGGGAGAGGGGAAAACCGAGCAGCUCCCAGCCCAGAACGAGGCUCUGAAACUGGGCAUGACGGAGCAGAGUGUCCCCGAGGAGGCUCCACACGCUCAGCCGGACGAGCAGGGAGAAGUGAAGCUGCCUGAACCAGAGACCGAGGACCAGACCUUAGACCGGACCCGAGACCAGGCCCGAGACCAGGCCCAAAAUGUCCCACAGGAUGAGUCUGAGGAGACACAGUCUGGACCGGUCCAGAUCGAGUCAGAACCCAACACCGUGGUCCUGGCCAAGACUCUGCCCACGCUCCAGGUACCGCUGGUCCGAAUCGUUCCCGAGAUUUCAGACCAGGCCGAGGUCCAGGCCGAAGUCCUGGCCGAGGUCCACACAGAGCCAGAGGAGAGUCCCACGAAACCUGAGUCCCAGUCCACAGAACCGAGCCAGGACACAGACACAGAACUGUCUCCAGAACCCAAACCCCGUACCAGAGGCAGGAAGAAGGCCUCACCCGCGGCAAAACCAACCCGAGCCCGGCAGACUCGGUACCAGACGCGCCGACAGCAACAGCAAGAACCAGAACCUGAACCAGAACCUGAACCUGAGGCCGAGCCAGAGCUGCAGUCUGAGGCCCAGACCGACCCGGAUGCUCAGGGGGAGCAGGAGACAGAGCUCGCUCAGGUUUACGCUCAGGACCAGAGUCCGGCCAGAGGAACAGAACCGGAUCCAGAAGUGGACCACGGAGCAGAACCAGACCAUGACCACAGCACGGAGGUCACACUGUUCCACGUCGAGUCCAUGGAGGUGGACCAGGACCAGGACCAGGACCAGGACCAGGGCGAGUUGGAGCAGAAGGGUCCAGAGGAGGAGGUCCAGACGCAGCCUGACGACGCUCCCAUGGUGGUGGAGCUGACCCCGGAGACGCUGGGGCUGCCUCCGGACAUGACCGCUCUGGACUUUGACUAUGAUUUUAGCUUUGAAUAAAACCCAGAAGCAGCGCGUGGACUUUGGACACGGCCGUGGCUCUGAUCAUGUGAAGGAGGCGUGUCCCACGUCAGACCUUUAACCGUGAAGAACUCUCCUCCUGAAAUGUUCUCCUGGUCUCCCUGGACACUGGACCUUUGCCUUUGUAAAUAGAGCUUCAGCACAAUUCUGUUUUUGUCCAAUCAAAACUGAACUAUUGUGUUUGUUUUUCCACCAUUUUGAACCUCGAGCUCAGUCAGUAACCCUAACCCUAACCAGAGCUGCUCCCGGGAAAAAAAACUAAUCAUUUCUUGUCCGUGAAUUUGGAGAUUGCGGCUUCAGCUUAAAACGUGUCUAUGAAGCUGCUGUUGUACUGGAGCUGAAAUGUGAAUUAUUUGUACCACAAAUGUACAACGGUUUCCAAAGUUUUUAAAUCACAACACUAAAGACCCUGUCCUGGUUUAGUCCUGGUUUAGUUCUGGUUUGGACCCUGUGUGGACCUGGUAUACUCCUGGUUUAGUCCUGGUUAAGUCCUGGUUUAGUCCUGGUUUAGUCCUGGUUUAGGACUCUACUCGAGCGGUUUUCUGUUUGUAGAUUAGAAUCAUUUUUAUGUUUUUCCACAAAGAAAAAGUUGUUUUUGCCGAAGUUUCUUGUUUUGAGCCGAAGCAAAGAAAUAAAACAUUUAAACAAA